AUCAUUGCUAAUAAAGUAUUAAUAAUUAGAACACAUAACUGAUAAACUAAAAUAAUGAUACAUGUUAUUCAAUGAAUCGCCACGAUUUGCUUUUGUCGCAAAAUAGAAUCCAAAUGGAACUUCGGAAGUGGUUUUAAGAAAAAAGCCUUCAUAAAGUAUGUCGUAUUUGAGAUGAAGACGCCCCCAUAUGUUGGGCAAACUGACUGUUCGACCGAUGCUGAACUUCUCGAAAUACUGUAUGAUUUCGGCGGGUAUAUGGCGGUUGCCUCUGCCCACGGACAACCCCAUUUUUAACAAAAUUUAUAUCUUUUAUUCGGCCGUGGUGAACAUUUAUUUCCCGCUGCUUGUAAGUUCCAUGUGCAUUCAGUUCGUGAUAGUAUUUAUCGAUGAAAAUGCCGACAAAAGUUCGGGGAAAUUGUUCAAGCACUUUUCUUACCUCAUCACGCUGGCGUGCGUGGAAGUUACGACGAUUCUCUGCCAAAGCGCAAGGGUCAAAGAUAUCGUACGUUACAUAAUGGAAGAAGAAGAGCGGAUAAUUCGAUCGGAGGACGAAGAAUUCUUGCAACAUCACUAUGAACAGUUGCACUAUGCCAAAAAAGUGAACAAAUACUUGUUUGCCGUGUCGUUUGGCGUAGCCGUUUCCAUGGCCUUCGACAACCUGCAUCGUAGGUUCCAGGUGGAAAAAUUCAACAGAAAUCACUACGAGCGCAUGGUGAAACCGCUUCCUUACGAACUGUAUUACUUUGAACUGGACCGGGAAAAGUACGACAAAGUUUUACUAGCGAUAAGUUACGUUACCAUCGUCGUCACUGGUUUUCUGGUUGCCUCGACUAAGAUGAUAUUCAUUUCUUGCAUUAUUUUCGUACAGUCAGCCCUCACGGGCCUGCAGAUUAGGUUUAGGAAAGUAGCAUUUUCAGAGGACUAUCUAAAGAGACUUGCCUUCGAACAUCAACGGAUCGUAGCUUUCGCUGACAAGUUAAACGAGGCCAUGAAGUUCUUGAUUUUGUUAGAAUAUCUACUGAAUUCGAUGAAUAUUGCCGCAGUGUCUAUUCAAUUUAUAUCGAUGGAUCUUGAAUUUACCCCGAUUUUUUAUUUCUGCUAUCUAUGUGUUCAGACCUUCACGUUGGGUUGGAUGGCAAACGAAAUAAAAAUUCAGAGUUUAACUCUGGCUGAUGCUUUGUAUGCCACCCAAUGGUACGAUCAGCGCAUAGAAGUGAGGAAGCUUUUGCUUACAAUGAUAACGCGAGCACAGAAACCACUGGUGUUGACAAAUGGUCCUUUCGACGCCAUGACUACAGAAUCGACUUUAAGGAUACUUAAAGCAUCUUAUUCGUAUAUUUCGUUGAUGUUAAAUAACUAUCAAUGAAAACUCAGCUAGUCGAAAGAUAUUUUUUAAUUGCUCCUACCACCUGCGAAAGCACAAGGCCAUAAUUAGUCCGAAAAAAAUAUACCCAUUAACUCGAGUGCUUUUGUUUUAUUGAAAUAGGCACGAGCAAAAAGGUAAGUACAAAUUUAUAUUUAAUACAAAACAAAGGCUAAACCGGACUAUUAGACGUAUAUAAAGAGUAUCUAAAUAGUGUGUCUAGUAUAUCUCGAUAAACGUUCUAGGUAAGGUGCCCUCUAGUGACAGAUUUCUGAAACACUUGCAUUUCGUAACGAUGUUUUACUAAAUCGGAGCUGUGUGUAAAAUACCAGCCUAUUCCGUUGAGAAUCAAGCCAACUGCGUUAAAAAUAAAAUUAAAAAAAACGAAUUUUGACAAGAUUUGUAAUUUUUGUUACAUGAUCUACUACCAUCAUUUUACCACGUAAAAUCUUUUUUCCAAGUUUCCGAACACUCUGUAUAGAUUCGCAAUUCUACCAUGACGUUCCAUAACCGUACUUAGGUACUUCUUGCAUACAAAUGCUGAAAUUAUGCUGAUUUAUUUAAUAAAUUUGAUUGGAUAAACUGUAAUAAAAGCAAUGGUUCUUUCCGCUUUACAGCAUGCUGGUCUUAAAGUCAUUCCGAAGUCAAAACCAUAAAAGGUUGUAAAUACGGUAUAUCGUUUGGAGAACUCUACUUCCAACAGUUAUCCGGCAUCAAAAACCUACCUACAGAAAAAAAACAUUUUUUUCGAAAUUAUAACCAAACAAACUUUGAAAACAUAGAUUAUAAAUCAGUUUACAUAAGAUUUUGUAUGGCAUUCCUAGGAAAAUAUUUUAGAGACAUUAUAUUAAACCGUUAAAUUGGAAACCAGUCUAAGCUUUCUAAUGUGUUUCUAACUUAGGAGAUCAUCUAAUCUAAUGGGCAAAUUCAACUUGAAAUCGAGCUACCUCAAGCAGGGACUCUUUUAGGAAGAUUAAUAAAAAGUCCACUAAUAUGAAUGAAUAUAACAGUUUAAUCAAAGAAAAUUUACCUGCCCUUAAAAUACAACAGUUCCCACGGCACAGUUCUUGUCUGCUAACACCUUAAAUGCGGCCCUGGCUUGUGCUUCAGGUGCUGAAAAUAAUUGUCCCUUUCUUUACAAUAGGCGUGUCUUAAAUUCAUUCAAGUCACCAGCUUGUCUCCUUAUGUCCAGAUACUUUUUUAUUGUGUUUAUUACUUCUCGUUCCUUGUCCAUUCUUUCUAGUACUGGGUUACCUCUUUCAGUGACCAUAACUCGUAGAGGAAGUACGUAAUGUAUCAGAAAUCUGACUACUAAUUAGGCUCCAAUUGUGGUUUUAAAAAAGCUGGGAAAUUUUGAUGAAAGUAUGUCUUGUUUUUCUAUUAUAUACAGUUAAUCUGUUGUCAUUGCUGAUCAAUUAUAGUUCUCAAAAAUGGAGAAACUCAUCUUACUGAUCUCUCCUGGCAGUUUUA